AUGGCCUUUAAAUACUCUACGGCAUUAGUUAUUCAGCCUUCCCUUGAAGCAUUUGGGAAUGAUUACGAAAGGGCAAAGGCCGAGCACGAUGAAUUUGUUGACGCUCUACGUCAGUUGGAAGUGAACAUUCUUGAAUAUGGUCCAGAUUCCCGUCGACCAAAUGCCCACAAAGUUGGAGAUAUUGCAGUGAUAAUUAAUGGAACAGCCUUAAUGUGUCGCCCCUAUGGAUAUGAUAGACAAAGUGAAGUUAGUGUUGUUCGGCAAACCUUAAAGAAGGAAAUGGGUUUGACAAUUGCGGAGCUGAAUAAUGACCAAGCACAGCUUGAAGGCAGUGAUGUUCUUUUCACCGGUCAAGAAAUUAUCGUCGGAAUUUCUUCACAUACAAACGAGGCGGGAGCUCAGUCUGUAGCUCGUGCAUUUCCAGAAUAUCCAACAACGAUUGUUGCAGUUCCUCCUCCUUUAACCUGUUUAAAAGAUGCCGUUUGCAUGGCUGGAACCAAUCUUAUGGCUAUUGCUAAUUCAGAUGCCGCUCGAAAAGUAUUUAAAUCAAUUGGUGAAGUAGCAUCAAGUAGAUACAAAGUGCUCCAUCUCGCAGAACCGAUCGCUGUUGGCGUUCUUUACGUUAAUGGCUGUUUAAUGCAUUACGACCCUUCAAUGAUUCCAGAAACCUGCCAGCUCUUCGAAAAUAAGAUUGAUUAUCCUCGUUACACUCUGGAUUUACCACAUCUACAAUCUCAUGGAGCCCCUCUAUUCAAGCUAGCCCUUCUUUCUGGUCGAGUUCGUAAUCAGCGAUUUAUCGCCUCGACUAUGCCCUAA